UCCUGCUAUCUUUGAAGCAUGAGCUCACACCAGCAGAAGCAGCCCUGCACAGUUCCUCCCCAGCUGCACGAGCAGCAAGUGAAACAGCCUUGCCAGCCGCCACCUCAGGAGCCAUGUGUCUCCCAAAUCAAAGAGCCCUGCAACACCAAGGUUCCUGAGCCCUGCCACCCCAAGGCUCCCGAGCCCUGCCACCCCAAGGCUCCUGAGCCCUGCCACCCCAAGGCUCCUGAGCCCUGCCACCCCAAGGCUCCCGAGCCCUGUCACCCCAAGGCUCCUGAGCCCUGCCACCCCAAGGCUCCCGAGCCCUGCCACCCCAAGGCUCCCGAGCCCUGCCACCCCAAGGCUCCUGAGCCCUGUCACCCCAAGGCUCCUGAGCCCUGUCACCCAAAAGCUCCCGAGCCCUGCCACCCCAAGGCUCCCGAGCCCUGCCACCCCAAGGCUCCCGAGCCCUGCCACCCCAAGGCUCCUGAGCCCUGUCCCUCAACUGUCACUCCAGUACUGGCCCAACAGAAGACAACACAAAAGUAAUACGACUGUAUUACAAAGUUGUCCCUCGGGGAAGCUGAUCACCAGAUGGACACUGAGGCUCAAACUCCGUUCUGUUUGAGCAUACUAGGGCUUCGCAUCACAGUCCCCACUUCUC